GCAGAGCAGUCUCUCAUUGAACUCAUACAAGGCUACAUUGUUUCAGCAAGAGAAGGAGGGGGUUCUAAUAUCGAUAACGCUCACCUAAACUACGAGAAAUCUCGGAAUCUAACUGAAGUAAAGCGAUGGAUUUUAUUGUCUUUUUUUCUGGAGUUUCUAAGUUAAAAUGUCCCCACUGUGAGGCACCUUUCCAUAAAGUGAGACAAGAGCAUCAGACUAAAGUCAUGCUACGUGGCAUGUCUGGUAAGCAAGCAGGACUAUGGGUAGCUUCUGCUAACAGAGUGAGGCAGAGAACCAGCGAAACUGGUCAAGACGAAGAAGGCAAGUUUCUCUACUCUGAUCGUACCUUGACAGCAAAAUUUUGUUCUGAGCAACAAUUUUUUAGUCCUCUUGAAGCCAAGGAGCACAUUGAGCUUAUUUAUGAUAAUGACCCUCUAUUAAUGAGAGCACUAUUUUCCUGCUUGAGAGUCAGAGAUGGGAAUCCUUUUGAGAGAGGAGGAGGAGGAGAGAGAGGAGUGGCGGACAUGUUCUUUCUGGAGAUGCUCCUUGUGUGUCCUUCACGUUUUCGACCGAUGAAACGCUUGGUGCUAAAAAGUUUGAGUGACAGUCCUACAGAAGAUACUACAAGUACAGGAUACUAUUGACAUUGAGGAGCUAAUGGUAGAGAAGAGGAAGAUGGCUGGCCAGGAUGAAACGAUAAAUGAAGAUGACGCUGUCACUAAACCAAAAAAUCAAUAGCUGAGAGGUUGCAGACCUGCUGGACUUCACUUCAGACAAACGUGAACUCGUACAUGGACAGUGACAUUAAUAAAAGAUUGAAAGAUGUUCCCAGUGGAAUAAAUAAACAUGGAGAAGAAGGAUGGAUUAUUUCGUCUGCACAUGAUGGGUAAGAGGGUUAACUAUGCAGCUCAAUCUGUCAUAUCACCAGAUCCUAACAUCAAUAUGGAUGAGAUUGGAAUACCAAUGGUUUUUGCAACUCGUUUGACAUACCCUGAGCCAGUCACAUUCUGGAACUGGUCCGAGUUAAGCAAAGCUAUCAUCAAUGGACCACACGUUCAUCCAGGUCCCACUCAUGUACAGAAUGAAGAUGGUUCAUUGAUACUGUUGAGGAAUGAGAGGCAGAGGAAAGACACUACUAGCUAAAGAAAAACUAAGUUCAGCCAAAGUACCAAAGAAAGUUUAUCGACACUCAAAGAAUGGUGACAUAUUACUAUUGAAUAGGCAACCCUCUCUACACAAACUAAGUAUCAUGGCUCAUAAGGCUAGAGUGUUAUCAGGGGAAAAGACGUUAAGGUUACAUUAUGCUAACUGUAAGACGUACAAUGCUGAUUUUGAUGGAGACAAAAUGAAUGCUCAUUUCCCUCAAGGAGAGCUUGCAAGAUCUGAAACUUAUGGAAUUGAACCAGUACUUAGUUCCUAAGGAUGGUACUCCUCUCAGUGGACUCAUUCAGGAUCUUGUUGUAUCAGGUGUACUGCUAACACUGAGGGACAGGUUCUUUGAUAACAUCAUGAGUGGUAUCCUGUGCUAUUUUCAGCCCAAAAUUACCUCAUCUAGUCAAGUCCCAAUGCCACCUAACAUCUUGAAGGAAGUUAAUCUAGCUGCGGUAGUAGCUUUAGAUGGCAAAGGAGAGAAACAAGACAAUCAGUUAACUUAUACACAAUCAAAACCUUGCCUAUGGUAUCAGAAUCUUUUGAUGGUUGCUUUGCCUGAUUUCACGUCUCCUUUUAAAGUCUUGCCUCCUUCUAUAUGUAAACCAAAGGAACUCUGGACAAGAAAACAGGUUAUAUCGUCACUAUUGUUGAAUCUCAUUCCAGCUGGUCAGGACAAGUUGAAUCUUAUCUCAAAGACUAAGAUCAGUCCAAAGGAGUGGGGGCAGUAUUGUAAUAAGAGCUUGGAAAAUUCAAAAUACACUGACAACAUUAUGACAGAAUCAGAAGUUACAUUUCAUGAGGGACAGUUGUUAAGUGGUGUUUUGGAUAAGUCACAAUUUGGUGCUUCUCAGUUUGGCUUUGUCCACUCUUGCUAUGAGGUACCUUCUGCCACAGAACUCUUGUGAGAGGAAAAAGAAAGACACUAGUGGUACACAUUCAAUCAUUAAUGGCACUAACUGAUAAGUUAACUGAUAGGAUUCACACCGCAAGCACAAAAACAUUAAUUUUUGUUCACUAUGCAUGUAGGUCAAUUAAUUUAUGGCCGAUUUCUACAUUUUAUUUUUAUUCUAAAUAAUUAAU